AAAUCUACACAGUGAGGCUGCCCCAGAAUAUUUAUGCAUGCAAGUUUCAUUAACUGUGUUAUUCUACGCUGAUAAACUGGCAGAUAUCGUGAGUGUUGGAUGAAAUCCGGAGUGGAUUAGUGUAAUUCAUUGUCUUCACACUUCUAACCAGAUGGAAGGACGUAAACGGCAAUUUUUCUACCUGUUGCUAGGUGCGAGCGGGAUAAUGCUGAUUUUAACGUCGCAUCUGAUUGGUCGAGAGCGCAGACAGGAUAUCCUCCUAGUAGCUGCUAACUUCCAUAACGGCUCACUUGCCUACCUCACGGCUUUGAACGUUAACGUCAGUUUUCUACGUAGUGGAGAUUUGACGUUACGCAAACGUUUGAUACAUCAAAAACAGGCGGGCUUUUCAGUAAAGGAUGACCUUUUGGGAAAUAGUGAACAUAGUUCAAAUUUUAAAGGAGAUCUCAAUCAUUUGGUUAAUAAAAACACGUUGAGACAACGAAUAUCUUUGAAAAAUUGGUCAAUAGAGACUGGCCAUUAUAAUUCGGGUUAUGAGAAAAUACACAUGGAAAAUAGUGUUACUCAUUUAUUUAAUAAAUCUACGAAUCUUAAAAAGAAAACAAAUGAAUUAUCAAGUGGUAUGGCAGUUAGGAAAAGUGACGUGUCGAAUAAAAAUAUUUCUAAAAUUAUUGAUUCCAAAGUGACACGGAAUGAUGUCAAUAAAUCCUCACUUCGAAGUGAAAACAGCCAACAACAUGGUCUUAAUAUACAAAAUUCAGUUUACAAAAACGAUAUUUACGAACUUGCUUAUAACAAACAGACUCCAAGUAAUAUUUUAUCAAAUGUUUCCAAAGAUGUUAAUAAAUUUACAAAUUUAAAUACAAAAGCUCAUGCAAUUAAAAACAGAAUUGAAGUGAAUACAAACUCAGUAUCUGAUGAAAUCCAGACAAAAAUGGAUAAUGUAUAUCCAGUGAGAAGCGAACAGAAGCAAGUAGAUGUGCUAAAAAUAGUAACUAACAAUGACCAACAUCCGAGUAAAGCCAGAGUACACAAUGAUGCUUCCGCCGAGAUGCAUUACAAAAAAGAGUCCGCUAUUCCUGUUUUCACAAGUAUUAAUGAGCCCCCGACUGGCUCACUGUUUCUAACUCCUCAAAUAACUCUUGUUAGUGGCGAGUCUAGUACAAAAGAAAAGGAACCCUCAGACCGUCAACAGGCUAGCAACGAAGGAUUUGUGCUGAAUGCUGGAUGCUCAUCGAAAAAUACAGGUGUCGAAGACCUAUUAUGCAUGUCUCGACCUAAUUUUCUGCCAAACUUCCGGAAUCCAUGCUGGUACCAGGCCGGGAAACUAAAAUGUUUGCCAUACUUCUACAUCAUGGGCGUGUGCAAAACGGGAACCAGCGACCUAUUUACCAGGAUGUCCCAUCAUCCCCAGAUUGUGACAAACCGCGGGAUUUUCGGGAAGGAGACGUGGUAUUGGUCCUGGAGACGAUAUGGGCAAAUAUCUUUCUGGAAGAAGGCGGUGCCGAAGAUGACUCUGGACGAGUUUAGCGGCAUGUUUGACAGUCAGACGCUUGACAGAGUGAGCAGACGCUUGGAAAACGGCACUCAAUACCACCACCUCGUCACAGGUCAUGGUGACCCUAUGGACUUUUGGGACCAGACGGCAUGGCGCCUAAUUCCCCAGAACGACCCCCGAGCGGAUAUGCCUGAAGUGACCACGCCCAGGCUCGUGCGGCACGUGAAUCCCGAGGUCAAGCUCAUACUACUGUUAAGGGACCCAGUGGAGAGAUUGUUCAGCCUUUACCUUCAUGGCCGGUACGGCACGAAUGCACGUGAAUUCCACGCGGACGUUAUGACGUCAUUGACGAUGCUGAACAAUUGCACGCGCAACAGGGAGCUCAAGGCGUGCUUAUACGACAAGGAAAUGCUUGUGUCACUUCCGACGCCGAUUUCUAGUAGUUUUUACUCAGUUCACUUAAAAGAGUGGUUGAAGGCGUUUCCCAGAAAACAAAUGUUUAUAACUCGGACCGAGGACUUUUCUAGUGAUAUUGCCGGUACCCUUCUACAAAUAUUCCAGUUUCUUCGACUAGAUCCAAUGCCGACAAACGAUAUCUACCGGAUAUCCAAUAUGCCUCACUUUUACGUUUCCAAGGCAAAACAGACAUCCGGUGACGUAUAUCCGGAGACACGCGCGGCCCUCGAAAAAGUCUUUCGGCCAUACAAUACAGAACUCGCUGCCAUCUUGGGCGACCCAAAAUUCGAUUUCAACCAUCGCGAUGUGUGAGAAAAAGAAACAACAACAACAACAACCACAACAACAACAACAAUCACAACAGCAGCAAUAACAUUGUUCAAAGCUAAUUGUGUAUUGAACAAUGAACACUACUGUGUGAAAAGAGGCGAAAAAAUACAGCAAACCGUGCUCGUCACUUAACUAAGCGCGAUCCAGAGCCAGUUUUCACCGAAGAAACUGCCAUUCGUUAAUGUCUUAAAAGCGGUUUCGAACUGAAAGAUUCGGCGCUUCAUAGUGUUUUAUUGUAUGACCACGCCGUUCAUCAAUAGUUCAUAGUUCAUUGGUCGGUUGAAUUAAAACCAAUGCACAGCUUUGAUUAGUCGGCGCCCCGACACUAUUUGAUUUUACUUUAGAAUUACUCCAACUAAGGGACUAGUUCAUAAAUUGUAAAACAAUGCUUUCACUAUUUUCCACGUUGCAUGAUAAAAUGUGAAGUUUAGUAUGUUUUAUAAAACUUAACACUUUAAUUGAUAAUGAAACCUUAAAUUAUAAUAGCUUAUCAUUUUGAAAAUUUUGAUAGGUGUUCCGAUUGAUACCAACUUCCUCCCAAAUAGAUGGAGGUAACAAAGUAAUAUUACAAUAUCCUUUAUGUCUCUAGACCUCCUACGUAUACGCAGUAAUCUCCCUUGGCGACAGCAAAAAGGCGAGUUUUGAAAAAUGAACAUUGAGCGUAAUUGUUUGUUUUAAAAAUGUCAUUCGAAAGAAUGAACUCCAGAUUAUAAGUAUCUUCCAUGGCCGAGAGGGUAAGAUAGGUUCAUUCCGACCUCGAGCGUAGGGUGUUUUGCUGGAACUCUUAAGCAUAGUGAAAAUAAUUGCGUAUGGAUAUGCGACAAUUCGUGGUUGUCAUGGAUAUGCACGCAGUGAUUCAGAUUAUGUUAUUAGUCAAAUCGGCCUUUAAAUAGUUCUAAGGAGAGUAAAGCGUUAUUUAUUGAAAGGUGCGUGAAAUCUGUUUUAUGGUGACAUUUGAAGAGAGAAAUAAUUAAUUAGCGUUCUAAGUAUUGCCACAAGACAAGGUUUCCAUGAUGCUACAGAUGACAGUCUUCAACAAGGGAGAUAAUUACAAUGUGGUGACCAUUAAAAAGGAGUUCCAUACGGGCAUUUUAUCUUCGCCCGUGGGCAAGAUAAGAAUUUCUAGUUUGGUUAAAUUAUUGAACCUACUUAUCUGAGGUGGGUGAAAAGUCCCUCCCAAUGUAUAGUAUUUUUUAUCCCCGUUCUAUUUACUCGUAAGAGUAAAAUGUGUUACAAAAACAUAUACAAUAUAUAAAGCCAGGAAUUCACAUAACAUGCUGGUACAAAUAAAAGGUGAAUUUCAUGCUAUUGAAAUCCAUGCAUUAGACCAUUGACUCUUUUUCUUCCGAAGAAACCUGUGUUUAUUUUUGGUAUAACUUAGUUUGUACCGGAGGAUUAGCUUGGAAAAACCAGAAUAUCUAUACUUCCGGGCUUAAACUAUUGUAACAAUUUUAUCAACC